ACGUUUGGCCUUCAAAAUUAAAAAAAGAAGAAGAAGAAAACUCAAAAGGAAAGCAAUCAUCUUCCUCAACCAGCCGGGCUAUUUCACACAGAGUUGCCGCCUGCCGCUGUUCUGUCAACGAAACUCCACGCCGCGCCUCCAUCAGUCCCUACCUCCGACCUCCAAUUUUGCGACCAGGAAAACCCUAAUUUUUCACUGAAGAGACAUCUUCUACAAGAAUGAGAACUAAAUCUUUGGCCCGUCGCCCCAUUAAAAAUUCUCGCCUGUCUCCCUCAGCCACCGCUCCCACCGAUCAUAAUAUUAAUGCAUUACGAGAAGAUAGUUCGAAUACGAUGGCUGUAGAAAUUUUAAGUGAGAAUGAUGGAGGGGAAGAUUACAUGGGUAGUGAUUCCAGUGAUGAUGAAUUUAUAUACAGUUGUUUAAAAUGUAACAACGGAGAUAAUUUGCUCAUGUGCUGUGGUGAUGGUUGUGCUAUUUGCCUUCAUCGCCACUGUAUUCCCUGCGGUCCUAAAUAUGAAGACGGAAACUUUUAUUGCCCUUAUUGUUGGUACAAACUUCAUCAGGCCAGGACCCAGGAGUGGAAGACGAAGAUUUUGUCUGCUAAGAGUUCUUUGCGCAAGUUUAUGGAUUUGGACCCUGUUGAAGUAGAGAAGCAUAGUGAUGGAAAAGGGAAUGUGGGUAAUUCAAAUGUUGGACCAGUUAUGGAGGAGGCAGUUACCUACUGCAUGCAUUUGGAUAGGACUGAUGUUGAUGAUGAUGUGCGUAAAGGGACUGAGGAAGUAGAAAAAGACCAUCAAAAUGAUGAGAAUGUGAAGAUAUCUGAUGAUGAUCCACGUACAGUAUCAACUGAACCUGAAAAGAUCUCUGAAACUCGAGAGUUAGAAGAUUUAGACGAUAAAGUGAUGGAGCAAGGCCAGGGUAAUGAACAAGUUGCUGACAAAGUUGUGAUUCUUGGAGGAGAAGAACAGGAACUUGUAGAUGGCCACCAUGCAGAAAAAGAUACCAUCCAUGAGGGUUGGCUUCAUGGAUCAGCAGCAGAGGUUGAAUCUAAAUCUUUAAACUUAUCUAAAGGAAACCAGGCGAGGGAGGAUAACGAAGAACAAAUGCAUGUGGAUGCACCUGCAGCCAAUAAUGUGACUGUUGCAGUGCGACAGGAAACUAAUGAGAAUGCUGUUGUUCAUGAAAAAACAUCAGUUCAUUCACACAACACCUCAGCAAAAGAUGGUAGGGACCGGAUGGAGGAAUCGAUUUCAUUAGAGAAGUCUAGACAGUCCAAAGAUUCUGAUAAGAUGCUUAUGAAUGCACCAUUUUCGAAGCAUAAAAGAAUUCGAUGGACACCAGAAGAGGAAGAUAUGCUAAGGGAAGGGGUGCAUAAUUUUUCUUCUAAAGUCAAUAAGAAUCUUCCUUGGCGGAAAAUUUUGGACUUUGGUCGUCAUAUUUUCGAUAAAUCACGAACACCUUCUGAUCUUAAAGAUAAGUGGAGGAAGGUGGGGGCCAAGACUGGUUAGCUACUAAUGGUAUGUUCUCUUUUUGUAUUUUUGCUGACACCCUUUCUCCUUAGAACAAGAGAGCAGUUGCAGUGACCAUUGAAUGAAGCAGAUGGUAGCUAGUUCUCUUUGUUUUUGUCCAAAUGUGUUUAUAUGCUCCUCCUAGGCGUGUCCUUUUUUGCUUAGAUAUAUGUAAAAUUCUUAUGCUGAUGUUAAUAUUAUGUUGAUAGUCUGAUACUAAUGUUGUAAGAAUUAUAAGAAUUUGAACUUUUGCCACUAUAGCAACCAGUAAGAUUAAUCAAAAUUUCCAUA